AAGGAGCUGAAGUAUUUCUUUGAGGAACGAUUUCAACCAAUUUAUGAGAUCGAUCCGGAAGAGCUAGUGGUAUCAAGUGGUACAACUUCGAUUCUCGAGACCCUAGCAUUCGCCAUUGCUGAACAUGGCGACUGCAUCCUUGUGCCGACCCCAUACUAUUAUCGUAUAGCAAACGACUUCAUGGAACACGCUGGCGUAGAGUGUUGGCCUGUACCCCUCCUCAGCCAGGACAAGUUCCACCUGUCAGCUGAUAAGCUGGAGGCAGCUUACAAUAAAGCUCUCAGUGAGGGGCACACUGUACGCGGCCUGCUUCUCAUCAACCCCCAUAAUCCACUUGGCGACAUCUACACGAAGAAGCAACUCCUCGACUUGUCUCACUUUGCACACAGCCAUGACUUGCAUGUCAUCAUGGACGAGAUCUACGCUCUAUCUGUAUUCCAAGAACAUGCCACCUUCACCAGCGUCAUGACUCUUCCACUGCCUGACAUCAUGAAGACGCAUAUUCUCUGGGGAUUUAGCAAGGACCUUGGCCUCUCCGGGUACAGAUGCGGUGUUCUCCAUACAAGGAACCGUAAGAUCAUUCAAUAUGCAGAAAAAGUGGGGAUUUUCCAGCAGGCAGCCGCCUCGGUACAACUGAAGCUGCAGGAACUUAUCAAAGACAAAGAAUGGCUUGACCACAUCUACUUCCCCACAUACAAGCAACGUCUCAACGACAGCAUGACGUAUGUCACUGGACGACUAGCAAAGUUGGGGAUUACAGUUCAUCAAAGCAAGGCUGGCUUUUUUGCAUGGGCAAACAUGUCGAAGUACCUGGAUACUCCAACCUUACGAGGCUGAGGACCAACUCCAGGCUCGCUUCUAUCAGUGGAAAGGUUGCUACAUUCUAGC